AUGGGCUCUCUGUCACAGCUCAGCUUCUUGUGGGGACUCCUCCUGCUGCAGGGCGUCCUGAGGCCGCUGCGCGGGGACCCGGUUUUCAUCCCACCUUUCAUCCGGAUGUCAAGCCCCGAGGUCCGCGCGUCCUUGGUCGGAGGAAGCAAGGAUGUCACCGUGUCUCUGACUCCACUGCAGAUCGAGGAAGGAGUGUUGCCAGUUCCUACUUGUGGUGGCCUCAGCAAUGUGACAGCUGAUUGGAAUGUGACAACGGAUUGGAAUGUGACUGUGAGCCCCCAAGCGAACAUGCUGGAAGUGACCGUAAGGUGGAAGAGGGGUCUGGACUGGUGCUCCACAGAUGAGACAGCCUCGUUCUCAGAGCCCCCGUGCAUCGUGCAGACUCUGCUGGUUUCAGCAUCCCACAAUGCAUCCUGCUUAGCACAUCUGCUCAUCCAGGUGGAGAUUUAUCCCAACACGUCUGUAACCCACAAUGCAUCAGAGAACAUGACGGUCAUUCCUAACCAAGUCUAUCAGCCCCUGGGUCCCUGUCCAUGUGACUUGACAGCCAAGGCCUGUGACAUUCGCUGCUGCUGUGACCAGGACUGUCAGCCGGAGGUCAGAGAGCUGUUUGAAUGGUCCUGCUUCUCGGGUGUGUUUGGAGGGCACGUUAGCCCUCCGUUCCACCAUCGCUGUGCAGUCAGCUCUACUCACCAGACUCCUGACUGGUUUCCCUUCCUGUGUGUGCAGUCGCCACCCUCCACCUCACCAUUCCUCGGUCACUUCUACCACGGUGCCACUUCCCCCAGACAUUCCCCCGGCUUUGAAGCCCAUUUGCACUUCGACCUAAGAGACUUCGCUGAGGCCAGUUACAAACAAGGAGAGCCCAUAAUGACCACGAAGGGGCAUUUUACCAUCCCUCAGGUGUCUCUGGCUGGGCAGUGUCUACAGGACAGUCCUGUGGCUUUCCUGAGGAAUUUUGACAGUAUAUGCACCAGGGACCUGGAAGUACACCAAGGUCAGGAUGAAAUUGUCCUUGAGAACAUGAAGAUCCGCACGACGGGAGGCCUGGUCACACCAACAGUCACCUAUGAGGAAGCCCCUGACCUGGACAAGCGCAUCACCAGUCCAGACACAAUUUUAAGCGCCGGAUCGGCCCCCAGAAACGUGAGUGUGGAAGAGCAUUAUGUUUUCAGAUGGCAAAAUAAUUCCAUCAUCGGCCUAGACAUCACAGUCAUCAGGGCAGAAAUCAGCGCCCACCAGAGAGGAACCAUGACCCAGAGAUUCACAGUGAAGUUUUUAAGCCAUAACAGUGGUGGUGAGAAGGAAUUUUCCGGAAAUCCAGGUUACCAGCUUGGCAAGCCGGUCCGAGCCCUGCAUACCAACGGGAUGAAUGUCACCACGCUGCACCUCUGGCAGCCAGCUGGAAGGGGCCUGUGCACAUCAGCCGCUCUCAGGCCCGUUUUAUUUGGAGAAGACGCCUUUUCUGGCUGCCUGUUGGAAGUUGGGGUUAAGGAGAACUGUACCCAGCUCAGGGAGAAUGUCCUUCAGAGACUGCAUUUGCUGAUACAGGCAACACACGUGGCGAGCAGAGGCAACUCGGACUACGGCGAUCUGAACGAUGGCUGGCUGGAGGUCAUACGUGUCGACGCCCCUGACACAGGUGCCGAUCUGCCCCUGAGCAGCGCAAAUGGCAUGUGCCCGGAAGUUCCAGCCCACCUCUCCAUGCGCAUCCUCACUGCGGAGGCUGGCUCUGUGGAAGGGGUGGCUCAGCAGGAGAUCCUGGCUGUGGAGACAAGGUUUUCCACAGUGACCUGGCAGUACCAGUGUGGGCUCACCUGUGAGGACAAGGCCGACCUCCUCCCUCUCAGUGCCUCUGUUAAGUUUAUUAACAUCCCUGCGCAGAUGACCCGCCCCCCAACGAGAUUCCAGAUCAACUUCACAGAGUAUGACUGUACCCGGAAUGAGCUGUGUUGGCCCCAGCUUCUGUACCCUCUGACCCAGUAUUAUCAAGGGGAGCCCCGGUCUCAGUGUGUGGCCAAAGGCCUGAUGCUGCUGUCACUCCUCUCGUUGGCCAUACUCCUCAGGCAUCCGUGGGUCGGGAUGUGCAAAGCCUGGUGCUCGGCUCCAGUCUACCAUUAGGGUUUCUCAAAGAUUCAGAGCAUCCACUCAGCAGCUCCCUGUAGGCCUGUGUGCCUCCCUGAAACCUGUUGGUCUAAGAUAGGGUCUCUCUAUGUAGCCCUAGCUUGCUUCUAAGCUCACAGAGAUCUGCCUGUCUCUGCCUCUGGAGUGUUGGGUUAACGGCACGUUCCACAGUGCCUGGCCUCUCUGAAACAUUUUAAUAAACCAAAUGUCUAUUUUUGUAGAAA